AUGAACCAUUACAGCACAUCAGCCACUGCUGCGACAGUGGUGUCGGACUGCCAAGAUGUGCAUGUCCCCAACACCCUCUUCCUGCUGGCCGCUGUGACGAGUCUGGCUGAGAACCUCCUAGUGGUUCUCGCAGUCAUGCGCACCCCUAAGCUGCACACCCCCAUGUACCUCUUCAUCUGCAAUCUGGCUGCCUUCAACACGCUGUCCAGUAUGGGCAAGGCCUGGGAGACGGCCAUGAUGGCCUUCCACGCAGCGGGACACCUCGAGUGGACGUCCGAUCUGGUGCAACAUCUCGACAACGUCGUGGAUACGAUAAUGUGCGCAUCCUUCUUCGGAUCUUUCUGCAGUUUCUGGGUGAUUGCCGUGGACCGCUACAUCACCAUAUUUCAUGCUCUGCGUUACCACGUGAUCGUGACAGUUCGACGGACCGUCAUGGUGAUCGGGAUGACCUGGACAGUGUGUGGCAUCGCAGGGGCCCUGAUGAUCCGCUUCGCCAACUACGCCGUUGUCACCGUGAUCUUCACCACAGUCAUGGUCGCGUCUAUGCUCCUCAUCCUGCCUCUCUACGCACACAUGUUCCUCCUGGCUCGAAAACACGCGGGUCACAUCGCCUCGUUGCCGGGUCACGGCAGAACAGGAAGGGCAGCCAGGGCCGCAGGAAGCAUGCAGGCGGCAUUGACCCUCACAACGCUGUUUGGAGUGUUCAUAAUGUGUUGGGCACCUCUGUCUUUGCACCUGGCACUACUCAAGUUUUGCCCACAAAACCCGUAUUGUCAGUGCUACUUCUCUUGGCAUCAGGUACACCUGUUGUUGGCCGUCAGCCAUGCCAUCAUUGACCCCACAAUCUACGCCUUUCGCAGCAAAGAACUACGGUGCUCUUUUCAAAGGUUGCUGCGCUUCUCCAUUUCAUGGGUAUCAUCAUCCAGAUGA